UCGAGCGUCAGUUUGUAAGCGCAUCAGUCAUCAUCAUCCGCCAUUUGUGUUGCAACUCUUGUUGUUGUUGUUGUAUAAACGGUGCCAUCAGUGUUUAUUGUUUGUUUCGUUUCCAUAUCGUUGUUCAAUUCAGUUUCCUUCGAGAUGGUUGACAAAAUCGAUAUGAGUUUGGACGACAUCAUCAAGUCUGGAAAGAAGCCACGAGGUUCUGCUGCUGGAGGAACAGGACGUAACUCUGGUGGAAACAAAAGAGGCGGUCGUGGUGGAGGAGUUACUCGCAACUCUGGUGGUGGUGCUCGUCGCAGCGGAGGUAGUGCAUCAGGUGGAGGAAGUCCACCGUUCAAGGGCUCCCAAAGAGGUGGCGUUCAGAAGGGUCGCAGUCGUGGUGGUGCUAUUGUCAGACCACACACCAGGGGAGAUGUCAAUGGUGCUUGGAAACAUGAUCUGUUUGAGGGCUUUGGCCCACGCAAACUUGCAGCUGUCAAAGCCGCUGUGCAUCAGCAGCAGCCAGCCUCAGGCCCAACAAAGCUGUUGGUCUCCAACCUAGAUUUCGGUGUAUCAGACUCUGAUAUUCAGGAAUUGUUCGCCGAGUUUGGCCCACUGAAAAGUGCAGCAGUCCACUAUGACAGAUCAGGCAGGUCUUUGGGCACUGCGGAUGUUAUCUUUGAGAGGAAAAUGGAUGCCCACAAAGCCCUGAAACAGUACAAUGGAGUGCCAUUGGAUGGUCGUGCAAUGAAUAUCCAAAUAACCACAUCAGAGGUUUCUCCAUUGAGGAGCAGCAGGAUAGGUGUGAGAACGCCACCAGCUGAGAACAAAUUCACUAAACCUAGUACAAGGAAGAGUCCACUUGCAGCCAGGAGUAGACCUACAAGAGGUACCAGAGGAGGUAGAGGAGCUGCACGUAACGCCAAAGCUCCAAGGAAAUCAGCGCCCACGGCGGAAGAGCUGGACGCUGAACUUGAUGCUUACACCAAAGAGAUGAAGUAAAAAGAAAACGAAAAUCUCCUGCGCCGACUGAAAAUGUUAUAUUUGUUGAGUGUUCCCCCAAGUAUACUUUGUUCAAUUGUUUUUAAAUGAUGCAAACGUGUUUCCUGAGACUCGGAAACGUAUUUUUUAGAAAUUAUAGUUUAUUUCACAAAAUUAGAAUUAGUAGCAAGUGUAUUUUGUACCUCUGAUACAAAUGGAAAUGCAUAUUUGUAUCAUGCAAAUGGUAUCUAUUACCAUGAUAGCAGAAAGAGCGUUUGUCUUGUUUUUUUUUCUUUGUUGUUCGCGACUUUAUCGACGAUAUUACAUUUGGUUUUCUUCCUUUCAUUAGAUUUAAGUUUAAUAAUAAUAA